AUGAUCUCUACAAACACUCUCGGUUCCCUCCUCCUCGCGUUCGCGUUUAUCGGUACACACGCCCAUACCAUUUAUACUAUUGAAAAUAACUGCCCGGCCCCUAUCAAGAUAUUCAUCAAUGGUAAAUCUCAGGGGUUCAUCGAGACAAAGAAGUCCAUGAUAAAAUCGUAUACCGAGAAGUGGAGCGGAUUUAUCUACAGUUCGUCCAACGGAGGAACGGCGGCAGGUUCGGGUUCAACUAAGGCUGCAUUCAUUGGAGAGUCUGGCAUCUACUAUAUCCUCAAGGACAGGGACAGUUUCAACACUGGUAUUGGUAUCACCGCAAAGGUUGAGGGUAGUGACAAAAUCUGCUCCAAGACGGUCUGCGACAGUCCGAGAUGUCGUUCCGCAUUCAACGUGGCUCCAGGUAGACUGACAGCUCUGGAGUACAGCUCCAAGGAAAGUCAACUGUGCUCGGCCGUUGGGGUCACUCCAGCCCGCAUUACUGCUAAGGUCGCCGCGGUAACCAGCAGUCUUACUGUGCCACUUAAGGACAAUACAACCCCCGCCAACAUCAUCGACGCUAUCUUAGACAAGCUUUCAGGGUUCCUCACCUCUGCUAAAAUUGCGAUUGCUGAUGGUGUCAGUGCUGGAGCGUCAGGGGAGCAUAGCAGCUACACAGUGACGUUCUGUCCAUCAGGAAGCUUCCCUGCUCCAAAAGGAUCAGUUGAGAUUCAUCCUAAUGGCAAUGAAAAUAAGUGUCUCGAUGUCCGAGGAGCCGUCUUCAAGAACGGAACACCAGUCCAGAUCUAUGAUUGCAACAAAACAAAUGCUCAGCGCUGGAUCAUCAAUCCUGACCAAAGCUCCCAAAUCAAAGUCGCUGGCACAUCAUUUUGUCUGGAUUCUGGAAACGUUCAUGACAGCAGAAUAUCUUUGAAGAUCUGGAAAUGCCGCAAGAACAACGCUAAUCAGCAGUGGGUAUACAGCCAAAACAACACCAUUGCGCUCGCAGGGACCGACUUCGCUGUCGAUCUGACAGACGGGAACACCGACAACCGUAACAAGGUCCAGCUUUAUAAAGCAUAUCAUGGCUUAAACCAGGUUUGGACCACUUCGCAGUUUUGA